UCCUUAGAAAGAAGAAGAAUUUCAUAAGCCCUUCCUUGCUCGGCUAACCUUCUUGUAGGUUACUUCCUCUCUGUCAGGGACACAGACAAAAUGCAGAGCUGUACACAGCUUUACCGUUCUCUCGCCACGCGAAGUCACCAUCUCCCCUUCAAGCUCCAUGGAGCCACGGCUUUGUCUGUCAGAACGUAUGCUGAUAAAGCAGAAAUUGAUGCAGACGUCACCGUGGUUGGCUCUGGUCCAGGUGGUUACGUCGCAGCCAUCAAAGCAGCACAGCUUGGCUUCAAGACGGUGUGUGUGGAGAAGAACGCCACGUUGGGUGGGACCUGCCUCAAUGUUGGCUGCAUCCCCUCAAAGGCUCUGUUAAACAACUCCCACUUGUACAAGAUGGCACACGGCAAAGACUUUGAAAGCAGAGGCAUUGAAAUCUCUGGAAUCUCGUUAAACCUGGAGAAGAUGAUGGCUCAGAAGAGUGGCGCAGUCAAAGCCCUGACUGGAGGAAUUGCACAUCUGUUCAAACAGAACAAAGUAACCCAUGUUAACGGUUUUGGUAAAAUAACCGGUAAAAAUCAGGUGACUGCCACAGCAGCAGACGGCUCCCAUCAGGUUAUCAACACUAAGAACAUCCUAAUCGCCACAGGGUCAGAGGUCACCCCCUUCCCUGGCAUCCAGAUUGAUGAGGAGUCCAUCGUGUCAUCAACUGGAGCUCUGUCCCUAAACAAAGUGCCAGAGGAGAUGAUUGUCAUUGGAGCCGGAGUUAUAGGAGUGGAGCUGGGCUCCGUGUGGCAGCGACUGGGUUCCACGGUGACAGCAGUGGAGUUCCUAGGCCACGUGGGUGGCAUGGGCAUCGACAUGGAGAUCUCCAAGAACUUCCAGCGCAUCCUACAGAAGCAGGGCCUCAAAUUCAAGCUGAGCACCAAAGUCCUGGGGGCCACCAAGAGGCCUGACGGCAAGAUAGACGUGGCAGUGGAGGCGGCGGCUGGCGGGAAGAACGAGACGCUGACAUGUGACGUUCUGCUGGUCUGCAUCGGCAGAAGGCCGUUCACCCAGAACCUGGGUCUUGACAGCGUCGGCAUUGAGUUGGAUAACAGAGGUCGCAUACCGGUCAACAACCGCUUCCAGACCAAAGUACACGGCAUUUAUGCAAUCGGUGACGUGAUCGCUGGGCCGAUGUUGGCCCACAAGGCUGAGGACGAGGGCAUCAUCUGCAUCGAAGGCAUGGCUGGUGGAGCAGUGCAUAUAGACUACAACUGUGUUCCCUCCGUCAUCUACACCCACCCUGAGGUGGCCUGGGUGGGGAAGACAGAAGAGCAGCUUAAACAGGAGGGUGUCCCAUACAAAGUUGGCAAGUUUCCUUUUGCCGCCAACAGCCGAGCCAAGACUAAUGCAGACACUGAUGGCAUGGUGAAGAUUCUGAGUCACAAGGAGACGGAUCGGAUGCUUGGAGCACACAUCCUGGGAACGGGAGCUGGAGAGAUGGUCAAUGAAGCUGCUCUGGCCAUGGAGUACGGAGCUUCCUGUGAGGACAUCGCUCGGGUCUGCCACGCACAUCCAACGGUGUCGGAGGCUUUCAGAGAAGCCAACCUGGCGGCAUCCUUCGGAAAAGCCAUCAACUUUUGAGGCUGCGGCGGCCGUGGCGCUGAUGCUGGAGAAACGGGACGCGUACUGUCUGCAUCGAGACUUUCACUGACUUAAGCCACCUGUGAUCCUGUGUCCAUUACGACGGGAUAAUUACAAUUAGUUUCAUGUUAUUUAAGUGUUCCAAAAAGAAUAUUAAAAUGGGUGUUGACGGUAUACAAAA